GACACUUCCAGGGACGUUGCAGGGCUUUGCAAAACAACACUAAUUGAAUGGCGGUGAAAUUAAACCCAUUCUCUUCACUGUCCUUGCGGCCCUUCGUAAAAGCUUAUUUGGGCAAACUUAGUCCAAAAUCAGACGGAUUUAGAGUCAUUCUCCGCACCAUGUCGACGCAACAGAAGCUUAAUCUGCGAGGCAUUUAUCCUCCCAUCCCGACUGCCUUCGACAGCAACGAAGAUAUUAGCUACGAAAAGAUGGAAUAUAAUUUGAAAAAGUGGGAUACUAUUCCAUUUAAAGGGUAUACAGUGCAAGGUUCAAAUGGAGAGUAUGCCUACAUGACAUAUGAAGAAAGAGUGGAGAUGGUGAGGAGAGUCAGAGAAAUAGUGCCGAAAUCCAAACUCAUCAUAGCUGGGUCUGGUUGUGAAUCCACCCGUGAUACUAUCACAUUGAGCCAGAAGAUGGCAGCAGUUGGUGCUGAUGCAGUACUGGUGGUGACUCCUUGCUAUUACAAGAAUGGUAUGACUGACCUUGCAAUGGAGAAACAUUACACUGCUGUAGCUGAUAACUGUCCAGUGCCUGUGAUAUUAUACAGUUGUCCAGGUAAUACUGGCAUUAACCUGUCUGGGGAGGUGGUCAUUAAGCUGGCGAAACACCCUAAUAUAAUAGGAUUUAAAGACAGUGGAGGCGAUGUUGCAAAAUUAGGAAAUAUUGUGCACAAGACUGCUGGCCAGGAUUUCCAUGUGAUUGCAGGAUCAGCAAGCUUUCUGCUUCCAGCUCUGGCAGUAGGUUGUUCGGGUGGAAUCUGUGCCUUAGCUAAUGUAGUGGGGCAGGAGGUGUGUGAUGUACAGACCUUAUUUGAACAAGGCCAGCAGAAAGAAGCCCUAACCCUACAGCACAGGCUGAUAGUUCCCAACACAGACGUAACAAGGAAGUAUGGUGUCCCUGGCAUGAAGGCUGCUAUGGAGUGGUAUGGCUACUAUGGAGGACCCACGCGCUCUCCUCUACAGCCUCUCAGUGAAGAGGAUGUCAACAAAAUCAAAAAGGACUUCCAGGACAAUGGUUUGUUGUAAAAGCAUGACAUGUUAGACUAGCAAAAUAUUAUGGACAGAUAACAAGCUAGCAUUUGAUAAAAAAAGGAGAACAUAUUAAAAGGUGCAAGGUGAACUAGAUUGUGAUCUAGCUUGAAGACCAAGGCUUAUGUAAACUUUAAUACUGUAUCUUUGAAAUAAUUCUUUUUUCUAAGUUCCAAGUAAAUAUAUAUUGUUAAUGCGAAAUUGUUUAAUUUAUCCAUUUGGAUGAAAUCAUAUUAAAUGGAAUGAGAUUAUGUCUACCAAAGUAAUAAGUACUUUUGUUAACAUAUUUUCUGUGUCAAAUUUUUCUUACAACAUACAUGUACAUUUUUAACUUAACUGAAAUACAUUGCCAAUAUUUUACAAAUACUUUUACCAAGGUAAAUAGAUUGUUAUAGUUUCAAAUGGAUUUGUUUUCAGGUACAAGGUGAAUAUGAAUUUGAAUAUUUAAAUUUGAAUUUACUAAAGUUGAAAAUUUUCUAAUUGUUUUAUUAUAAAGAAUAAUUAUUUUUUUUUUUUGUAUUGUAUGUAUUUAUGUACAUCAAAGUGCUGCUCUUCCAAUUCUAUGCAAAAUGUACUAUCUUCACAGACUACUAGACUGAAUGUUUUUGUCAUAUUACAAACUUGAGGAAUGCGCUGUGGCAUCAAUGGGUUGCAAUUUUCUAAUAUUUCUAAGUCAAAAUAUGAUUUUGCUCAAUAGUAUACCAUGCUAUAUUUUAAUGGGACUGUUUUGACAACAAGAAAAGUGGACAAGGACAAGUAAUGAAUCAAAAUAAGUAAUACUUGAUGCUUAAAAAUGAUUGAUAUAAAAGUGAAAGUUCUCGAGCUAAUCUUGGGCAUAUCUAAUGGUCAAUACACUGCAUUUACUCUUUAA